AAAACGCCACCUGCUGGGGGGACACAGCUUUUCCGCCGAGUUGGGCCUCUCUCUCCUCCUCGCCACUUCGAUACGGAAGUGACUUCUUCGUAGCCGGUUAGGAUAAUUUACGUAGCAGGUUAGGAGGCCAAGGUUGAGGCUAAGAAAGGGUUAGGGAAAAUCACUUCCGGUCGUAGCUGUAUGCAGUGGCGUGAAACGUGUCCCUUCUUCAAAUACAACAACAAGCUAGUAAGUCACUUCGGUAGGUUGCUAGCCAACAUCGACGAACCUUUGAAGCUCUAUAGGUUAUCGGUGUAACGUUACAUUUAUAGCCACUGUGUUUGUUUUAAACACAUUUCUGUUGUAUAUCUAGUUACCCUCUUUAAUUGCACAUAUACGUUGCUAGUAAGUUAGCUGGAUAACAUAGCACCAGGCCAGUCGCCCAUGCUAACAUCCCCGACCAUGAGUUCACUAAACUACUCCUCCCCUGAUAAAGAAGAGGGGGUCUGCUUGACGGAGAAAGACGGUAUUUGGUUGAACAUUGUCGUAAAAGAUGAGAAACAAGAGGAGGAUGUCACAGUACAAAAAGAAGAGGGUGAAGCUGUUACAGUGAAACAAGAGGAAGAAACGUUCAGAGUGAAAGAGGAGGAUGUUACCGUGAAAGAAGAGGAGGAAGAGAAAGAGGAUACAGUUUUUGGAGUGAAGACUGAGGGAGAGAUAACUGUCACAUCGGAAGAGACAGGAGAUCGGAUUAACACCAGAGAGAGGCCAGACUGUCACUCUGACAGCAAAAAGAGUCCUUCGGGGGAACCAGACCCAGAGACGUCCAAAUCAGCAGGAAGACACCACUGCUCCCAGUGUGGAAAGAGUUUUACUCUGCUAUGGAACCUGAAAAUACAUAAGAGAAUACAUUCCGGAGAGAAGCCAUACCACUGCUCCCAAUGUGGAAUGACUUUUACCUGGUUAGGUAGUCUGAAAACGCACGAGAGGGCACACACAGGAGAAAAACCUUUCCAAUGUUCCCACUGUGGAAAGAGUUUUACCCAGUUAGGGGACCUGAAUAGGCACGAGAGGACGCAUAGAGAAGAGAAGCCCUACCAAUGCUCCCAGUGCGGAAAACGUUUUGGGUGGUUAGUGAGCCUGAAAACACAUGAGAGAAUACACACAGGAGAAAAGCCUUACCACUGUUCCCACUGUGGAAAGAGUUUUAGGGGGUCAGUGAGCCUGAAACAGCAUGAGAGAAUACACACAGGAGAGAAGCCUUACCACUGUUCCCACUGUGAAAAGAGUUUUAGGUGGUUAGGUACCUUGAAAUUGCAUGAGAGGACCCACACAGGGGAAAAGCCAUACAAAUGCUCCCUGUGUGGAAAGAGUUUUACCAAGUUAUGGGGCCUGAGUAGGCAUAAGAGGACACAUACAGGGGGGGAUAGCACCUACCACUGCUCCUUGUGUGGAAAGAGAUUUACCCAGUUAGUGGCCUUGAAAGAGCAUGAAAUAAUACAUACAAAUACACAGGAGGGGAAGACAUACCACUGUUCUCAUUGUGGAAAGACAUUUUCCCAGUCAGAGGCCCUGAAAUCACAUGAGAGAAUAGAGAGGUUGUGUUCUGACUUGUGUUUUGAGUUCAGAGUGAAAGAGGAGGAGGAUGUUACUGUGAACGAAGAGGAGAAAGAGAAGGAACAGGAUACCGUUUUUGGAGUGAAGGAGGAGGGGGAGAUAACUGUCACAUUGAAAGAGGAGGAUGAGACUGGAGAUCUGAUUAACACCGAAGAGAGACCAGACUCUCACUCUGACAGCGGGGAGAGCCCUUCAGGGGAACCAUAUGCAGAGACGUCCAAACAAGCGAGACGACACCACUGUUCCCAGUGUGGAAAGAGUUUUACUCAGUUAAGGGGCCUGAAAAUGCAUAGGAGAAUACACACAGGAGAUACACCUUACCACUGUAUCCACUGUGGAAAGAGUUUUAGGUGGUUAGGAAGCCUAAAGGACCAUAAGAGAAUACACACGGGAGAGAAGCCUCACCACUGCUCCGAGUGUGGAAAGCGUUUUACCCGAUUACUACACCUGACAUCACAUCAAAGGACACACACAGGAGAAAAGCCUUUCCCAUGUUCCCAGUGUGGAAAGGGUUUUACCCAGUUAGGGAGCCUGAAGGAGCAUGAGAGAAUACACACAGGAGAAAGCCCUUUCCCAUGCUCCCAGUGUGGAAAGAGUUUUACCCGUUUAAGGAGCUUGAAGGGGCAUGAGAGGACACACACGGGAGAAAGGCCUUUCCAAUGUUCCCAGUGUGGAAAGGGUUUUAACCGGAUAGGGAGUCUGAAGGAGCAUGAGAGGACACACACAGGAGAAAAGCCUUUCAAAUGUUCUCAGUGUGGAAAUAGAUUUACCCGGUUAGGGAACCUGAAAGGGCAUGAAAGAAUACAUACAAAACCACAGGAGGAGGAGGAGGAGAAGAAAUACCAUUGCUCUCAUUGUGGAAAGAAAUUUUUCCGAUCAGAGGACCUGAAAACACAUGAGAGGAUAGAGAGGCUGUGUUCUGACUUAAGUUUUUGACUGAGAAUGUGUGUUUUUGUUCAUGCCACAUGAAAUCAAAUUGCAAAUUCAAAAGCUUGCUAAAAAAUAGGCCUACAUUUGUUUUUCAUUUUUAACCUUGAGGCAUACAGGAUGGUUCUCAAUAUGCUUACGUUCUCUUGAGUACUUUCUUGUGAGGAUGAAUGUGGAGAAGGCAUAAAACAUUUGAUUUGAGAAGCAAUCGCACUCCCCGCACUGUGUUACAUCACGCUGCAUCUCCCCAUUCACUGAACCUUCUUCCAGCCAGGACAAUGGAAACAAUAGAGACGAAACAAGAUAGACACAAAGCAAAUCUUUUACUUCAUAAUUAUCAGCUAGAUAUAUGUGAAUCGUAAUCUAACUAUCCAUCUAGCUAGUAAACAGGCAAAAAUGAUCUAAAACUAAUGUUAUGCAAGGUAGAUGUCAAUUCUUCAUGGUUUGCUAGCUAGCCAGUUAGUCCUAUUGACUUACACUGAACCUUGCUUUUUCUAGGCAGGACAAUGGCAAGAGACGAAACAAGAUAUACACCAAGCAAACGUUUUACUUCAUAACUAUCAACUAGCUAUAUGUGAAUCGUAGUAAUAUAGCUAACCAGAUAGUAUAACAAGCAAAAAUGACCUAAAACCAAUGUGAUCAAGGUAGAUGUAAAUUCUUUGUGGGUAGCUAGCUAACAAUUCUUUGUGGCUAUCUGGCUAGCUAACAGUAGUAGCUAGCAGGUUAUCUCUAUUGAUUUACUAUGGGCUUAGGACCUACUCACACUACAGUGGGUAUUGUAGGCAGGUAACCAUGCCUAAAUUAACACUGUGUGUAUUUAUUAACGUAGCAAGAUAAAAUAUUGCAGCCAGGCAACAAAUGAGAUGUGAAUAGGCAGCAUUUCAUUCCAAAGUUGGAGUAUAUUCUCUCUUUCUUCAGCUCAAAUAAUGGUCUCCAUUGAGUUCAAGAAAAUUUGAGAAACAUCUACGGUCUUCAGAAAGUAUUCGCACCCUUUGACUUUUUCCACAUUUUCUUGUUACAAAGUGAGUUUUAAGUGGAUUUAGUUGUCAUUAUUUGUCAACAAUCGACACAAAAUAAUCAGUCAAAGUGGAAGAAAAUGUGUUACUUUUUAUUAAUGGAAAAUAAGACACUAAUAUAGGUUGGUAGGCCUCCUUGCUCGCACACACUUUUUCAGUUCUGCCCACAAGUUUUCUAUAGGAUUGAGGUCAGGGCUUUGUGAUGGCCACUCCAAUACCUUGACUUCAUUGUC